CGUAAACAAAAACACGUGAAUGUGUGCUGUUUACGUCGUGAAAGGCAGUUUCGCUUUACGUGCAUGUUUAAUGCAGCACAACUACGUUAUUUUGUACUUGCAAUAUCUAUAAAUAGGAUAGUGUAACAUGUGGUAAUUUCAUUGCGACGGAAUUAUUUUUACAAUAUGAUGAGACGGGCUAACGGUUUGGUGAUGAGAUCAUUGCGUUAUGGUCAUGUGAGGCUCUGGAAGAUGUUCUGCAACAAUCCCGUGCCCGACAAGGACUUGACUGCUGCCCAGACGAUUUGGGACUACAUGAUACUAAACCACACACCCAGAAAGAGUGACAUCAUACUCGUUCUGGGUAACCAUGACGUCAGAACAGCUGACUACGCGUCGAACCUGUUCUUGGACGGAAAGGCAGACUGUCUACUGUUUUCAGGCAAAGUCGGAGUCCUCACACGAGGGAAAUGGAGGAAGACAGAAGCGGAGAUAUUUAGAGAUAUAGCGUUGACUAAAGGCGUCCCAGAAGAACGCAUACUGCUGGAAUUACAAGCCACAAACACGGGAGAAAACGUUGCAUUUUCAUACGAUGUGCUGGAGGCGAAAAACCUAUUAGAAAACCUCAAGAGUAUCAUUUUAGUCCAAAUGCCCCACAUGGAAAGACGUGUGUAUGCUACCUUUAUGAAACAGUGGACAGGAGAUCCGACGAAACUUGACGUCACGGUGACGUCACCACCGAUACCAUUACGUAAAUACCCGAACCCUGACGUCGGGUCGCUUAAAGCUGUGAUAACAGUGAUGAUGGGAUGUAUGUACAGGUUAAAAGUUUACCCGGAAACAGGGUUUCAAAUUUACCAACAUAUACCAGAUGUUGUGUGGGACAGUUACCUUAGUCUUCUCCGGUCAGGCAAAUACAACGGACACAUUCCCCUAUGACCGGUCUCCGGUCAGGCAAAUACAACGGACACAUUCCCUUAUGACCGGUCUCCGGUCAGGCAACUACAACGGACACAUUCCCCUAUGACCGGUCUCCGGUCAGGCAACUACAACGGACACAUUCCCCUAUGACCGAUCUCCGGUCAGGCAAAUACGACGGACACAUUCCCCUAUGACCGGUCUCCGGUCAGGCAACUACAACGGACACAUUCCCCUAUGACCGGAACAAAGACAGUAACCAUAACCUGUUGACGUGAUGUAAUAUCACGAGGCAAAUAAUGGGGGCAGUGCAAAUGUGUCCCGGUGAUGCAAACAUUUUUUCUUUUAAAUACAGAAGACGCUGGAAAAUACUGGGAUAUAAACCGAUGCUGCAAGACAAAUACAACGAACACGUAUCCCGGGCGACGACGCGGGAAAGAUACCACGGAGAUGUAUCACGGGCGAUGACGCGGGAAAGAUACCAUGGAGAUGUAUCACGGGCGGUGAGACGGGAAAGAUACCACGGAGAUGUAUCCCGGGCGGUGGCGCGGGAAAGAUACCACGGAGAUGUAUCCGGGGCGGUGACGCGGGAAAGAUACCGUGGAGAUGUAUCCCGUGCGGUGACGCGGGAAAGAUGCCGCGGAGAUGUAUCCCGGGCGGUGACGCGGGAAAGAUGCCGCGAAGACGUAUCCUAAGAAUAACGUUGAAACGAAUACACGUUGGAAACUGAGACGUCAUGGACACGCGACAAAACUAUUGCGGAAAUAAAUGUUCUUUGAUGGAGGGUGAUGGAUGAUAUAUUUAGGUAACUCUUAAAACAACGGUUGUCAUGGAACCAAAACUGUCCAUUGAAAAAUAAAUUAAUGAUAUAAC